AUGCCGUUCUGCGCGGACGGCAUGAUCCCGGACCUGAUCCUGAACCCGUGUGCGCUGCCGUCGCGUAUGACGCUGAGCCAGAUUCUCGAGGGUGCGCACAGCAUUGCAGCGCUAUCGCGAGGCAUCAGCCAGGUGAACAAAACGGCGUGGUGCGGCGGCAAUUACGUGGAGGAGGCGAUCGAGGAGCUCAAGGCCGUCGGGUACAGUCACGAGGGCACGCGCAUCAUGUUCGACGGAACGACGGGGCUCAAGAUGGAGACGCCCAUCUUCAUUGCACCGGCAUUCUACCACCGGCUUAAGCACUUGGUGGCCGACAAGAUAUACUCUAGGUCGGUGGGGUCGGUCAAGGCCAUUACGCGGCAGCCGCUGAGUGGGCGCUCGAGCAACGGGGCGCUGCGGCUCGGGGAGAUGGAGCUGUCGUGCCUGUCGGCACACGGCGCAUCGUCGAUGCUGGUGGACAAGGCACUCGAGUGCAGUGACAAGUACACCAUGGUGAUCUGCUCGACGUGCGGGAACAUUGUCAACUCGCAGCGAGACAGCUGUGCCAUAUGUGGGACCUCGUGCACGGUGCGUGUGGUGAUCCCGUACGUGUUUAAGCUGCUGAUGCACAACAUGGCGGCACUGGGCGUGACGACCAAGAUGUUUCCGAAAAUUAGUGCGUGA